AUGAGUAUUAAAUAACUAGCUACAAAUUUCGAUGUUCUAUAUCGAAGAGUUAGUGAUAGAAGUAAAGUGACUGAAAUCUUAUUGGGAUAAUUAUUUGAGCGCUCUGAAGCAGAAGAAAAGUAUCACAAAGCUCUUGAAAAAAUCAGUGGGUAAAUGCAAAAUAGUGGAGGUGACAUUGAUGAUUUAUUAAAGGGAGUUAAAAUUGAUUUAAAUCAAAGAGCACAAUAUUAUAAAGUAAUAAAUCUAUGAUAAAAUAGCAAUUUAAUUAAUCUUAUAAACAUGAUGUUGAACUAGCUAUAAAUAAUCUUAAAUAAAUCUAAUGUCAAUUUAAACCUUUGAUUCAAGAAGUCUUGAAAAUGGAUAAGGAAAUAAAAGUUGCUUUGGAUAAAUAUGAUCGAUAAAAGGAUAAAACUUUUAGAGCUUCUAAAGAUUAUGAAGAAGCUGCCAUUACUUUGGAAGCAUAAUGUUGGAAUAAAGAAUGUAAUCCUGAGUCUAGAUCUAAAGCUUAAGUUAGGUUAAAUCAAUAAUUAGUUUUUAAAUAAGAGAAUGAAUCAGCUCUUAGAUAAGCUGCUACUAUCUAUAAUAAUUUAGUUUAAUCUUAUAACACUUUAUUAUAAAAUGGAAUCUAAUAAUUAAUAUCUUAACAUAAUCAAAUCUUUUCAAUUGCAAAAGUAAAUAUUUAUUAACAAUAUAUAUCUAGGAUAUCGUAAUGAAAAUUUUAGUCUAUGAAAUUUCCAAAACAAGAAAUCUAUAAUAUGAUAGUGAACAAUUUUUUAAAGAAGCUGAGAAAUAUUUAGAUCCUUAGAGUGAUCCUCUUGCACCUGGACCAUCAAGCUAAAUUGGAAUGACAAAAGAAAAUUAUCCUAAGGUAGAUUCUCAACAAAAUUCUUCUUUUUUAAAAACCAUUGCAGAUUAAAUAUCCUUAAGUCAUCGUUUGAAUAUUAAGAGAGAAACUGUUUCAUUAUAAUAAUUAGAAGUUGCAGAUGAAUUUGAUUUAAUAUUAGCAAAUUAACAAUUUAUUGAAGAUUUAAAAGAAGUUUCUAUCAACCUCAUCAAUAAAGUUAAUAAUAAAAAUAAAUCUAAAAAUAAUGAAGAUAAAUAACCAGCUGGAGUUUAGGCUAUGGUUAAUAGGUAUAAAGAUUAAUAUGGAGAAUCAUAAUUAAUUAAGAUAUAUAGCUUUAUUAAGCAUAUUAUUUAAAGUACUCAAGAAUAACAAAUUAAAGGAUGGAAAAAUAUACCAUCAAUCGAAAAUAAGGUCUUAGAAGAAUAAUUAGAAUCUAAGUUUUUUAGAGAACUUGGUUGUAUUAUUUUAGAAUCAUUUAGAUAAGCAGGGUAAUUUUUUUAAUUAUUUAGAUGUUCUCAAAUAAGCUAAUUUGGAUUCAGAAAUAUUAUCACUUUUACUUAAAAAUUAUUGGAGAUUUCUUAGAGGGAAGGAGAAUUGAUAUUAGUUAAAAGAAUUAUUACUAUGAUUUCGACAAUCUAUACUAUUGAUGAUAAAGAAAAGAGAUUUUUCUUAUAGGAUAGUUUAAUAUCUAUGCCUAUAUGGAAAUAAAUUGAUUUAUGGGAAGGGGUCAUAUAUACUACAAUAGAGGCUGAAAUAGAUAAAUCUGCUAUGAAGGAUUCUGCACAAUUUACAAAAGAAUAAAUAUUUAAAGAUAAAAAUGUCAUUUAUUCUAAUUUAUUAAGUCUAACUUUAAAUAUGAUUAAUUUUAAGUAAUAAUAAAAUUGAUUAAAAAUAGAAUUGAUAAAUAAGAAAUUAAGAAUGUUUUGAAUAAGUAUGCAAGAGUUUUUUAGCUUUUUGAAUUAUAAACUUAAGAGUUAUUGAAAUUUGCUGAUAAUGAUGGUAAAAUUGAACCAAAUUCAAAAGUAAACUCAUUAUCAGUUUUAUAAUCUUUGUAUUACUAACCUUAAGCUAAUUCUACAAUUUAAGGACCAUUAGGCUAAAAAAAAGUAGUAAUAUUUGAUAAGAAAAAUCCUCUGUCAUCAAAUUUAACGGUUCAAAAGACUGGAGGAAAUUAAGUUUACUUCUCAUAAGAUACUCCUACUCGAGAAACAAUAUCGCCUCAAAUAUCCCCAUAAUAAAAUAAUUAAUAAUAACAAUAGUAAUAAUAAUAACAAUAGCAAUAAUAAUAAUAACAAUAACAAUAACAAUAACAAUAAUAAUAAUAAUAAUAAUAAUAAUAAUAAUAAUAAUAAUAAUAAUAAUAAUAAUAAUAAUAAUAAUAAUAAUAAGCAACAAUUUAACCUUAAAUAUAAUAAUAAUCUAUUUUAUAAAAAGUAUUUACUCCUUAAAAUUCAAACAAUCAAUAAGUCUAAUAAAAUAUUCCAAUAUAAUAAUAAUAAUCUUAAUAGAUACCUUAAUAAGCCCAAUAAGUUUAAGAUUAUGAAUAACCAAAAAUAAGAUAUAAUUCCCAUCCAUUAGAAGCUCCAAAACCUAAUAAUUAAAAAAAAUAAAGUUGA